AUGGUGACCCAGCCGAGGAAUGGUGCGCCUAUCAUCAAGGAGAUCACUCCGCGUCCACACUCCGAGGAUGGCCCCACGGUGCUGAUUGUCGGUGCUGGCACUUUCGGAACCUCGACCGCAUACCAUCUAGCCAAGACAUACAAAGAUCCUUCGAAAGUGACGGUGGUCGAUCGCGCCCCUUCGCCGCCGAAACCAGCAGCCGCCAUUGACAUCAACCGUGUGAUCCGCACAGACUACCCGAGUCCUCUGUAUUGCAAUCUUGCGCAUGAAGCUAUUCAUCCCUGGUUCUGGACGCAAGAGCUAGGCCCAUUUUUCCACAAGGUCGGGUGGCUCUAUCUCAAUGAAGACGGCAGCGAUAUCUCCGAACGUAUCAAAACCACAUUCGAAGGCCGUGGCUCGAACUGCGCAGAAGAUGUGCCAUUGCGACAGCUAGAAACUCGCUGGAAGGGAGUCUUGAAAGACACUGAGAAACAAGGCUUCAAUGAGGCAUAUUUCAACCCCGAGGUAUGGACACUACGUUUCAUCAGGAGGUGAUCGUGGCUAAUAGUUGUCUGCGCCCAAGGCCGGCUGGGUAAACGCUUCUGGCGCCACUGCGAGAUUCAUGGAGGCAGCCGUUAAGAUGGGCGUAAAACGGGUGACUUCCGAAGUUCGAGAAAUCCUACUGGACAUCACUGGCUCACGAGUCAAGGGUGUACGCACCGCUGAUGGCGAUGCACUUACCGCGGACAAGGUGGUACUGGCGACUGGUGCAUGGACAAGCUCUCUACUUGCGCCUGUGGAAGACGCGUUGAACAUUCCAGAGCAGGAUCGCAUCGAACGCCAAGCAAAGGCUACCGGGACCGUUUCUGCCUACUACAGUGUCAACGAUGAAGAGAUUGAUCAGCUCGAGUGUGCUGAAACCCCGGUAGUAGUCUACGGGGGCAACGGCGAAGUCUUCCCGCCUUCCAAAGGGAACAGGCUGAUGAAGUUCUCCAACUCCAAGACGACGUUCACAAACACCGUCACGACGGAUUCCGGUCACAAGAUCUCUGUACCUUUGCAAGAUCAAUCAUAUGUGCCCGAGUCGCUCAAACGACAGACAAAAGAAAUCAUGGCUGACAAAGUCCUCCCAACUUUCGCCAAGAACAAAAAACCAGACUUCUGGAGAGUAUGCUACGACGCGCAAACUCCCACCGAGGACUUCUUGAUGUGCAAACAUCCUCACGCGAAACUGGGCAAUCUUUAUCUCAUCACAGGCGGCAGCUUCCACAGCUACAAGUGAGCUUCUUGAAACAAACCAAAAAAAAACAGACAUGUACUGACAAUGUCUUAUAGAUUCAUGCCAAUCAUUGGCAAGUACAUGCUCAACGUCCUCAAGGGCGAGAGCAACGGUCCGGAGAAAGACCAGGCUUGGGCGUGGAAACAGAAUGUAAACUGGACUGACGUCCGCGAGUUCGGAUUGCUCAGUGGCAAAGCUGUCGCCAAGCGAGAGCUCAAAGAUCUUGAGAGUCCUCUGGCGAAGCUUUGA